AGCUGAGUUAGAGUUAUGCACCACUGCUGCUGCGUUGUGGAAAAGUAUUUUCAGUUUAUUCUGUGUCCGUUGUCGGGGUGGCGUGUGUUGAACUUCGUUUCGUGUCGUAGUGAAAGUUCCGACGACGUCUUUAUUGGCCAACCCGAAAAUUCUCAUUCGCCGAAAAUUUUUUUUUACCCCCGGUUCGAAUUUUUAUUAGUUUUUCGGUGUUUUUCAACUUUCGCCAAACUGUCUUCUAGAAAGAAUUCACCUUUUAAGGAGGAUCCAGCGAGCAGUGUCAGUACUGUUCCUGGUUCCAAUAGUAAAAAGCAUAGAUCCAGAUCUACCUCUAGAUAUGUGGAAGAAAAACCGAAAAAAAAGAAGGCAGUUGGUAAUGUCUCUUUGGUAUCCAUUCCAAAUACCAUACGACUUUCAGUCCUGAAUAGUGGUCUUUUUCCAAUAUCUGGUGAACAAAAUGGAGUAAUGUCUACAAUUAGUGAUAAACCGGUACCAGUUAAGAAUUUUAGCAAACACUGCGAACAAAGAAGAAAAUUUCCAAUAUUAUAUAAAAUAGAAUUUCAAACUGCCGUUAAGGUUGAAACACAUUCAUGUCGACAUGCCAUUAAAUCAAAUAAUAAAGAAAAAAAUCAAAAUCCUCGUUGCAUUCCAUAUGAUUAUAAUCGCGUUGUUUUAGAACCAGAAGAUGAUAUUCCAGAUUCAGAUUAUAUUAACGCUUCUUAUGUUGAUAGUUUAUUAAAGCCUAAAGCGUAUAUUGUAACGCAAGGUCCUACCGAAACUACAGUCAAUGAUUUUUGGCGAAUGGUUUGGCAAGAGAAAGCCAGUUGUAUUGUGAUGUUAACUAAAACAUUCGAUUUUAUUAAAGUUAUGUGUAUUCAAUAUUGGCCUUCGGCUAAGGUGAAAAGCGAAGAUUACGGUAACCUAAAUAUUUCCAUACAGCACGAAGAAGAAUUAGCCAAUUUUCACAUUCGUACUAUUCGUGUGAUACAUAAAAAAGGAACGCCGGAAGAACGAGAAAGGACGUUGUUACAAUUCCAUUACACCGAAUGGCCCUGUCAUACGUGUCCAUUUUCAAAUGCUAUUUUAGAGUUUCGUAGGCGUAUGCGAGCUGUGGUCGGAUCUAGAAUGGAGCAAGAAGGGCCUAUCGUAGUUCACUGCAACGACGGCGGUGGAAGAUCUGGUGUUUAUUUAUGUAUUGAUGCUAAUUUAGAAUUAAUGGAAGAAGAAGAUUGUUUUAACGUUUUCGGAUAUUUGAAAAUGUUACGAAGAUCUCGCAAAGGAAUGGUGGAAACUUUGGACCAAUAUAAAUUUAUUUACGAUACGUUAGAAGAAUUCGUGAUAUGUGGUAUUUCCUGGUUCCCUGUCAAAGAACUUUCACAAAGACUGAAAAUGAAAUCGAUAAGAGAUUCCUACACGAAGCUAAACGAGUAUCAAAGGGAAUACCAGCAAAUUUGCAAAAUGACACCCCGAUUCACAAUCGGAGACUGUGCCGGUGGCCAUCGAGGUGAUAAUAGAGAAAAGAAUCGCGACGUUUUAGUCGUUCCACCUGAUAAUUUCCGACCUUAUUUGAUAUCAUUCCAAGGGAACAAUUAUACUGAUUAUAUAAAUGCUGUUUUUGUCGAUGGUUACACCAAACCUCGCGAAUACAUUGUGACCGAAUGGCCUUUGAAGCAUACUCCAGGAGAGUUUUGGUCUCUAGUAUACGAUUACGAGUGUUCAGCCGUCGUUGUUUUAUGUUUACCACCAAAAGAUUCGCAACAAUAUCCUCCAUUUUGGCCGGAAGGAAGACACUCGAAAAAAUACGGUCCAGUAUUCACGAUAGAUCAUAUAUCGCAUAAUCAUUACAGCAAUAUAAAAACUUGGCUAUUUCGUAUUAAUAAAAAAGAUAGUGAAAUUUUACACAGGAAAUCUGUACAAGGCUUAGACAAAAAUAGAAAAAUUGUAUCCUUGACCGAAUUAAUGGCCGGAGUUAAAGCACCCCCGAGAACCGUUCAAUUGUUCCAAUUGACCUGUUGGCCAAUGGGUCAUCGAGUACCAACUUCUACGAAUUCUUUGGUCGAAUUGAUGAACAUGGUGGAACGAUGGCGACAACGAACAGAUUAUGGGCCUGUGGUGGUUGUUUCACAUGAUGGUAGAGGAAGAUGCGGGGUAUAUUGUGCUGCAAAUGCUUGCAUUGAGCAAGUCAUUCAACAUGGCGAAGUUGAUAUUUUUCAAGCUGUGAAAACUGUUCGAAGACAUAGGCCACAGUUGAUUGAAAACAUGACGGAAUACAAAUAUUGCUACGAUUUGGUGCUACAUUACGUCCUACACUAUUUGGAUAAAGACUUGAAGGAGAAAAAAUGAGAAUGUGAGAUACAGAACCAAUGGUUCUCGCAAGUCGGUCGCGGCAAAAACCUACCCC